UUUUGCAUUCCAUUCUCAAAUAACAAACAGAAGCUAACUCCCAUCUCCGUUUUCGCAUACUCUUUCAAAUAUAUUACUUCCACCACCGUCCUUUUCUCCUCUCACCGCGGGAAGCCGUUUUCGGCUCACCUCAUAUGUUCUUUUUCAUUGCAAGAUUCUACUCUCAGCUAGUUUAUUCACACACUUUCAGGUUCUUUUUCAUUGCAAGAUUCUAGUCUCAGCUGGUUUAUUCACACACUUUCAGGUAGUCAUGGCAGGAUUGAUGGUUGCAGGAGCGAUUCUCACCCCUAUCAUUCAACUUGCUAUUGAGAGUCUUGCAUCAAAAUAUUUUGAAAACCUCUUCAAUAAACGACUGCUAGAAAAACUUACAAACACUUUGAAUUCUAUAAAUAAAGUCUUGGAAGAUGCAGAGACAAAGCAGUACCAAAAAGAUGAGGUGAGGAUUUGGCUUGACAAUCUAAAGCACGAGGUAUAUGAAGUAGAUCAGCUGUUGGAUGAGAUUUCUACUAGUGCACGACAAACGAGCAAGAGCAAGGUUAAACGAUUUAGCUCUUUUUUUCCAAAUCAGUUUAAAUCUAGGAUCAAAGACUUGCUCGAUAAGCUAGAAGAUCUUUUAAAGCAGAGUGAUGUUAUGAGAUUGAAAGAAGGAACAAGUGCUCGUAAUGAAGUUGAAGUCGGUCCGAAUUCUUCAAAAAGACCGCCAACGACGUCUUUGGUGGAUGAAUCUCUCAUAUGUGGUAGAAGGGGUGAAAAGGAGAAAAUUGUAAGUUUCUUACUUUUAGACAAUGGUAGUAGUAGCAGCCCCACACCAAUACUGAGCAUAAUUGGUCUUGGUGGGAUGGGUAAGACCACCCUUGCUCGGCUCGUCUACAAUGAAGACAAGGUGCAAAAGUGCUUUGAACUUAAAGCUUGGGUCUAUGUUUCAAAUCCAUUUGAUAUUACCAGACUCACUAAAGAAAUUCUCGAGCAAUUUAAUUCUUCACCAAAUAGUGAAAGCUUGGAAAUACUCCAACGUCAAUUGCAACAUACGGUAACAGGCAAAAAAUGUUUGCUUGUUCUAGAUGAUAUUUGGAACGCAAAUGAGAAAAGUUGGAAGCAUUUACUAACUCCGUUUAACAAAGGAUCUUCUGGAAGUAAAAUUAUUGUGACAACACGAAAUAAGGACGAUGCAUUAGCCAUGGAAUCUGCCGAGUUAUUUGAAUUAGAACAAUUGGGGGAGACUGAUUGUUGGAAUUUAUUUGUGACACAUGCUUUUCGCAACAAAAACGUGAGUGAAUAUCCAGAUUAUGAAUCAAUUGGAAGGAUGAUUCUAGUCGACAAGUGUGGAGGGUUGCCAUUAGCCGUGGAAUCAAUGGGGAAGCUCUUGAGAAGAAAGUUCUCUAAAAGUGAAUGGGAUAAAAUAUUGAAGACUGAUAUGUGGUGUUUAUCAGAGAGAGACAGUGACAUAAAUCCAGUAUUGAGACUGAGUUACCAUAAUCUUCCUUCCAUUUCGAAGCGUUGUUUUGCUUUUUGUUCCAUAAUUCCCAAGGGUCAUGCGUUUGACAAGAACAGUUUAAUUAAUCUUUGGAUGGCAAGUGGUUUGCUGAAUUCCUACAAAAGUGACAAAAGUAAAGAAGAGUUGGGUAGUGAAUCAUUCGAAGAUCUUGAAUCAAUUUCAUUUUUCCAAAGAUCACUACGUGGUUGUUUUAUCAUGCAUGAUCUUGUCAAUGAAUUGGCUAAAUCAGUAUCUCGGGAGUUUUGCUUACAAGUGAAGGGUGAUAAUGUGCAAGGUAUAUCUGAAAGGACACGCCACAUUUGGUGGUCUCUUGAUUUGAAAGCCGACGAUGGGAUAUUAAAGCACAUUUAUAGAGCUAAGGGAUUACACAGUUUGUUGAUAAAACAACCACGAUACGGUUUUCAAAGCUUCAUAAGCGGCAAUGUGCAAUGUGAUUUGUUUUCAAAGCUAGAAAAUUUGCGGAUGUUGUCAUUUUGUGGUGAUAGAUAUGAACACAGAGAGUUUGAACUAGAAGAUAAAAUAGGAAAUCUAAAGCUUUUGCGCUAUCUAGACCUGAGUUGGACAACGAUUAAAAGGUUGCCUGAUUCUAUCUGUAAGCUUUAUAAUUUAGAGACACUGAUAUUGGAAGGGUGUCAAAAUUUGAAUGAAUUCCCUUUAGAUUUUUACAAACUUGACCGUUUAUGCCAUCUUAAUCUGAAAGUAAAUGAAAUAAAGAAGAUGCCAAAGAAGAUAAGGAACCUAAAUAACCUACAAACGCUGACUGACUUUGUUGUGGGAGAGCCGAGUGGGUCUGAUAUUGAGGAGUUAGAAAGUCUCAAUCUCCUUCAAGGAAAACUUUGUCUUUCAGGAUUGAACAAUGUCACUGAUCCAACACAUGCCGUAAAGACCCGUUUGCAAGAUAAGAAGUUUUUAGAAGAAAUACAUAUGAUAUUUGAUGGUUCAGUAGUGGAAAGCAAUGUGUCUGUCUUGGAUGCCCUUCAACCAAAUAACAAUCUGAAGAGGCUCACUAUUCAAAACUACAAUGGCAAUAUGUUUCCAAAUUGGCUAAGUUGUUGUGAUUUACCCAACUUAGUAUCCCUUAUACUGCAGAACUGUAAAGGAAUAAAGAUCUUUGGCAAUAGCUCAACAAAUGUUCCGUUCAAGUUCCUUGAAGUUUUGGAAUUUGACUCCAUGCCUGAAUGGGAGGAAUGUUUAUGUAUUGAAGGGUUUCCUCAGCUUAAAGAGCUUUCUAUUACAAACUGUCCCAAAUUGAAAAGAGCACUCCUUCCACACCUUCCUUCAUUACAGAAAUUGGAUAUUAGGCAUUGCAAAAUGUUGGGUGUAUCCAUUCCCAAGUGUGAUAACAUCAUAGAGUUAACAAUAUGGAAUUGCGAUCGAAUUUUGAUAAAUGAGUUUUCAUCCAGCUUGAAAGAGUUUGUCCUUCAUGAAAAUCAGUAUGUUGAGUUCUCCAUGGAUCAUUUAAUCAACAAUCCCAAUUUGGAAGUGUUGAAGUUGGAUUUCAAGGACUUUGUAGAAUGUCCCUCUUUAAAUUUGUCUUGUUAUAAUUCUCUUUCUAGUCUUUCAAUAACAGGAUGGAAGUUCUCCUCCUUGCCUUUUUCACUACACUUGUUCCCCAAUCUUGAAUAUCUAGAAAUCCGUGAUUGUCCAGAAUUAGAAUCUCUUCCUAUGGGAGGUUUCCCUUCCAACUUGAGAGACCUUUUUAUAAUUAAUUGUCCUAAAUUGAAAGCUUCCAGAGAAGAGCGGGGUUUUCUCCACCUCAAAUCUCAAGUUAAGAUAUAUAUUGUCAAUUGCCCUGGUCUUGAGCACUUGCCAUAGGAGUGGGGUUCCCUUUCUAGUUUGUACGUUGUAAGUUGUCCAUUACUUUCAGAGAAGUACAAAAAGGAGGUAGGAGAGCGUUGGCAUACAAUAAGUCACAUCCCUGAAGUGAAGAUUGAUGUGGCAAUUCUAACUGAAGCUCAAAGGUCUUGCAGACUAAGACACACCAUUGCCAUCAACAUGAAGCGCAACCACUUUCCUAAUCUUUUCAUCAAUUCAAAAGUAUAUAUGUGUAAAUAAAUAAAAAUUUGGAUUUCAACUGUUUUCGAUUAUUGUGUGGUUAAUAAGAGUUUGUAUUUAACUUUGUUAGUUGUCUAGUUUCCUACAAAACAUUAAGACUGGAUAUUGUAAUAUUCUUAUUUUGCUAUUGAUCAUAAUCUCAAGUUGUGCAAAAGUCU